AUGACAGAGCCAACAGACGAGCGCAGCAGCGCAGCAGCAGCAACACAGCAGCAGCAGCAACGCAGCAGCAGCAACGCUACAACACAGCAGCAGCAGCAACACUACAACAAAGCACAUCAGCACAGCACGAACACCACAGCAGCACCGACACCACAGCAGCAACAACAAACCAAAACACACCAGCAGCAGCAGCAGCAGCAGCAGCAGCAGCAGCAGCAGCAGCAGGUUGCGUGUUUGCUGCAGCGGCCAGACCCCGAAGUGCUGGAGCUGCAGAUGGACGACGUGGCCCACGUGCUGAGUUCGUGGACGGGCAUUCCCGUGGGGCGAAUGACUGAAGACGAGGCGACGCGGGUGCUGAAGUUGGCGGACUUGCUCAGCAAAGUGGGUUUUUCGCGGGAUUUUCGCGGGAUUUUCGGGGAGUUGGAAGCUAAGUUUAAAAUAAAUGUUCUUCUGCUUUUAAAUGCAGCUUUUCCGCUUUUAUAA